ACUUUGAUCAUAAGAUGCAAGAAGCACCAUCUUUUUCUUCUUAUGACCAAUACUUAUACUCUCCACUGAUUCAGCUUCAAACGCAUCACACGUUUUCACCUGCUAGUUUUCUUUCCUCGAGGUUAGGAGCCAACAUAGAAUACGGUUCCGUUUUUGUGGCCUCGGGUACAAAAAUAUAUCAUCUUCAAGUAAAUGAAUUGUUGCUGGAACAAAAACAAAAGUUUAGAGUGCACGAAGAAACCACUCGUGACGAAAGGGACGUCAACAAGAAACGAUGUAAAGGAACCGAUUCUUCUGUGGACAAACUAGUACACUCUUACUUGGGUACUACAAAUAAUUGGAUACCUGAAAACGUACCUGGCGAGUUCUCGUUGGAACCUAUUAAGCAUAUCAGUCAUCGAUGUGAAGUACAGUCGUUGCAAGUGCGGAGAUGUUCCAACAGAGAGUUUCAAAUUGCCUCAGUAGAUGGCUGGGGUAGAGCAGUAAUAUCUAUGGCUAAUUGCUCACCUGAAGAUAACUCAAUUGGCUCUCCACGCAACAGUUAUGCAAUUGCGCCUAUCAGUAUGGAAGAUGGAGAAGAAGGAUGGGCAGGUUUAGACUUGGAUCCCUGGCAUCUUUCUAGAAUAGCCAUAGUUCGACAGUUCUUUCGAGAUUUGACCAUUUAUGACAAGGACUUGGCUACUCGUCAAUUGGCUCUUUCGUAUACUCCUCAUGCAGUUCGCUUUCUGUCGAAUACUUGGAAUGAUAUUUCGUUAGAUAAUGACGAUACCAGCAAAGCCAACAACUUUUGUCACUUGGUUGCAUGUUUGGAAGGUCCCUAUUUGUCUAUAUGGGAUACCAGAGUUGGAGAAGGAGGUGGUAGGAUUCAUCAUAAAUGUUAUGGUAAUGGAAGUCUAUAUGGUAUAGAUAUUGGUCAUCGAGGUAGCCUAUCGGUUGGGGGAGUGGAUAGAAUGGUUAGUAUAUUGGACCUUCGUACUUGGAAUGUUCGUUGUCGAUGGAAUCAUUGUCUCAAAUAUGAAUGUAAACAUGUCCUUUUUCCCGAAAAAGAAGAGUGUCGUUGUAUCGUAGUUGGUGUGGAUAACGAGUUGUCAUGUGGUUAUGUAGGAAAUUUACAAAGAGAACAAGUGUUACUAUCUGAGAAACGUCCUAGAAUGAUGUCUGGAGCCAAUUUGGUCUCCUGUAAGAGAAUAUUUGGUUUUCGAGCGGACAGUCGAUGGAUUGGUGUGACUAAACAGUUUGUCAACGGAUACAGUCAUAUUUUGGGAAUGUCUGAAAAUGGUUGUUUAUAUUGGCUGAAAAUGGAAACUUUUUCAGAUUCAAAUAAUAGUCAUCAAGAAGCUUUUUUCCUCGAAUGAAUGGCGCCAAAACUAGCCAAUAGAAAAAGGAUUCUUGAGUGAGACAAGAACUCUUU